CAGGCCUGUCUCGCUAGGUGACAGCGGGGUGAUGUCCGCCUCUGGUGGGAAUGAGACAGCUUUGCUCGGAAGUUUCGCCAGGAAGCAGGUGAAGUACGGCAGCACCUGCAAGUAUGUCUCGCGCAGCGGAAAGACAAUUAAGCACGUCGUACAGCCGGGCGACACGCUACAGGGCAUUGCGCUGCGCUACGGAGUCACGACGGAAGAGCUGAAGCGUGCAAACCGCCUCUGGACAAGUGACAGCUUAUUUUUGCGGACAUGGCUGGCAGUGCCUGUGGUAGAGGCGGUGCCGACAGUGGGUGGUGCCUCAGCCUCAGGAGGCAGAGACACCAAUGGUGAGGACAGGGCAGGCCUUGAGGACACACCUCUGCAGUCCGACGAGAGCAUUGCAGAUUUCCUGGGCCGUAUUGACAAUUCUAUUGCCAAGUCGCGCAGCCAGUUGCGCCAACUGUCUCAUACGAGGUUUGAAGAUGGCAGUGUUGAGGAGCCCACAGCUGGCGUAGCAGCACGAGACUCGGCACCAGCACCAGUGGUGAUGACCCGGCAGGUGAAGCACUCGCUCCAGAGGCACGAGCGGGACCAUGAGGAGAUCUUCCAGCUCUAGCAGUGCUCCCCCACUCAGCCAAUGACCCCAGCUCUGUGUGUGUGUGUGCUCUAGUGCGUGUGAACCCUCCGCCAAAUUGGCAGGUACUACCGCUCCUGUGCUUGUGAAAAGGGGCUGUCAAGUUAUGACCCUUUUCUCAUGGUUGACAUGUUCUGGCGAUGGCAGGUCCUUGCUUACUGAACAUUGUAAUAAAGCCCUGCCAUUUCCUUUGCCGAUUCUAUUCUAGCUGGAAUAGGCAAGCAUGUUCCAAUUUGUCUGCCUGUUUUGAAGGAACGUAAUGACAUUGCCUCAUCAGAAGUGGCAUGCGGUGAUGCUGGAUCAUCGCUGUCAGGAGGCGAGGCUUUGCUGAAUGCCUGCGUGAAUUUAAAAAACGCUCCAGGUUGGAACAUGACCGUCUUUCAUGGUACAGCUUUUGCCAAAAGAAACCAAGCCACUGUGUGCACAACAGCAGCUGACACUAGGAUGUCUAGUUCGACUUCUGUCGCAUCCACACUACACAAAACUACCAAAUAAAAGCUGCUAAUUCUCAAGGCCUUGUAGUGUCAGAACUUGCAUAACCACAGAGUGAUGCAGUCAGGACUCAGAAAUGAUCUUGCUUCCAGGGGUAUGAUUUCUUUUGACAGAUGCUGUAUGUUCUCUCAUGGAUCAUGAAAGGCUCAUCUGUUUUCAUGGCACAAGAUACUAUACUAUCAAAUAUUUUGCUGUACAUUGUUCAAAGUUAUGUUGUUCUAAACCGACUGUCGGUAUAAAUGAAACUUAGAGUAUUUAGCAUGACCCAUCAAGUGCCAUUUUCCUCGACUGUUGGUGCAUGGCUGUUUGCAAGAUACGGAUGACUUCAUGAGAAUUGCAUAUCAUUAGGACUCUGAAUUGCCAAAUUGGUAGCAUAAAUUCGCAGAUCACCAAUCUCCUGUACUUGCGAAAAGAUGUUUGAAAUGCUUUGCACCUUUUCCUUCUGAUGUUUUGUCAUUCUGUUUUUCAUGAGGCUAUGCAGCGUGUCUUAGGGAGUAUGGGAAUUUUCAAUGUUGGACAGCUUUGCAAAGGUACUUGGCUGACCACCCCUUCAAACUGCAUAUUUCCUGGCAUGCUGGCCAAGGAUGUGGAUAUAAAAGUUACAGUUUCAGACGACAGGCAGGAAGAAAAAAGGAAAUAGAAGUGUUGUGAAAAAUUCAGAUGCAACUGUAUAGGUAUAGAAGUGUUUACCUGAUGGUGUGAUUCUAUGCCUUUCGCUCUAACCUUUGUGUUGACUUGACUGCUUCAGCUAUUUUUCAUUAGUUGCAGCAAGCUGCUGCCGAGCCGUGCAAUAAGCUGCUAGGUUUUUAUUGAACGCGCACUCUUAUCCAGAGGAUGCUUGAAUGGAAAGUGAGCUGUAUGGAUACAUCAUAGCACUGGAUCACUUUCACUCUGCUAACACAGCCAGUUCAUUCGUUAAUGCAUUGAGAAAACUGCCAGUGAACACUGGCAUAUUAUCCUCAGUUUACAAAACUGUUUAAGUAGUUUGUUGCAAGAAAAUUGAUGCGAGAUGUUUUAUAACCUUACAGCAUCUUUUUGAAGAAUUAAAUUAUCCCUAUGCCCUAGUAAUAACACCAUAGUGUGUUAAGACUAUAAUAUGUGGAUGUUACAUCCAGUCACAUACUAUUUCCAGGCCCUUGCGUCUCUUGCAUCCAGGUGUAUAUUUUUUUGCUUAUAGUAUGUGAUGCGCUAUUUUUAGUAAAAGAAAUGCAGGCAGUGCAAGAAAUUGCUUUAGCUUCUGUGGCAUAUCCUGCUAUGUAUGUAUGGGGGCAGAAUUGACAUCAAUAGCUGGAAAUUUUUAUAAGUUGUGCUUGUGCUCUAAGGUUAACAUUCUUGUUUUAUUAGUGGUGCAACUACUUUGAGUGCACGGAAUAUUAAUUUUGUCUACUACAUGCAUUAUGACAUAUAGACUUUUGCUGCAAGACUACAUUGUUUUAAUGUUCGCAUAUAAGAAGUGCAACACUUUGGGAGAGCAUUAAGCUGGUGCUCUUAAUUUCUAAUGACUAUUCAAUGUGUUUGUGUUGGAAGUGAGAAGGAUUCAUCAUUGCCAAAUUACUGAUGCUAAAGUGUUACUCUGUUAUGCACUGCAUCUGGUUUACAAUAUGCAUGACAUAUCUAGAAAGUUUGUCUUGAAGUGUAUAAAUGGUACUGUACUGUUAUCCUUGUGUAGAAUAGCCUGCUGUGAAGAUAAAGCAGUGUUGAAUUACGUUGUCCAUUUGA